UGCCAACCAAUGCGUCUAGCGGGGGUAUGAUGCAACGUUUAACGGGCACGGCUUUGCCCGGGGGCGCUGCCAGAAGGAGGAGAAAGGGAGGAGAGGGGGGGCAAGCGGUGAGGUCGCAUCUCCUGAUCUGCAACUUUUGAUGCCAUCUGCUGGUUCAUUACGAGAGGCACAACCCGGCCGUCCAAUUAGACUCUGCCUAAUCUUCGAUCUGGUGGUUACGGAAGCUUGGGGCUUUUGUUUUUCUGGGGAUUCGUCUGCCCUUCACCUUUUUUUCGGGUUUCACAACUUUUCUUCAAUCGCGCAUUUUCUAGUUGAUCCUCGCCAAGUUCGAAUCGACACCCCAUAAAAGCAUUGAAGCUACCCGGGGGUCUCCUCGCUCAUUGAGCCUCGGCCCUCUGACAGGUUUGAAUAUGUCGGAUCCAGCACCGGCUGAAGCCGGCCCGCUCGAAGCAGACAAUGGAGAGGAGAAUGAUACCAAUGAUGACAGCGAUUCGGCCAUGGGAGUGUCUGUGCUCGGGUCAUCUGCAUCCAUGACCAGCAGCAUCAUGCGUUACCGCGAAGAAAAUGGAAGAACAUAUCACGCAUAUCGAGAAGGCAGAUAUGUUUUGCCGAACGACGCGGUUGAGAACGACAGACUCGAUCUUCAACAUCAUUUAUACACACUUACCUUUGAUGGAAAGCUAUUUGUAUCACCGGCUGGUCGAGACAAGCCUUUGAAGAGAGUGUUGGAUGCAGGAACCGGGACUGGAAUUUGGGCAAUGGACUUCGCCGAUGAUCACCAAGAAACUCUGAUUACUGGCGUUGACUUAAGCCCAAUACAACCGCCUUUUGUACCUCCCAACGUCACAUUCUACAUCGACGACCUGGAGGAUGAUUGGACAUACUCCUACAAGUUCGAUUUCGUCUUCGGCCGGAUGCUCACAGGCUCAAUAGCAGACUGGCCGAGGUUCAUCCGCCAAAGCUACGAAAACCUCGCGCCAGGGGGCUGGAUCGAGUUGUCCGACAUCCUCUUAGACCUCCAAAGCGACGACGGAACAGUCACCCCAGAGUGCGCAACUCAAAAGUGGGCAGUGCACAUGCUCGAGGCGGCAGCGAUAUGGAAGCGGCCGCUAGACAGCUGCAAAUUCUACAAGGAGCAGCUCGCGAAAGCGGGGUUCACUAAUAUCGAGGAAAAGAUUUACAAAUGGCCGUCAAACCCGUGGCCGAAAGAUCCAAAGUAUAAGGAGCUAGGCGUUUGGACGUACGAGAACCUAGGGAAUGGCUUGUCGGGACUCAGUCUGGCUCUUUUUACUAGAGCGCUGGGUUGGUCCGCUGAGCAACUCGAGGUCUUCUUGGUGGAUGCCAGAAAAGAUAUGAGAGACAGAUCUAUACAUGGAUGGUGGCCAGUGUAUGUGGUUUACGCACAAAAGCCGGAGUGAAGUCAUAGCAGCAAAACGGAAGAAAGUCAAGAUGAUGGAUCUACAGGACACAGGAACGCAGCACAUAUUAUCCGAUAUCAGUCAUCUCAAUCCAUGCCAAUAUAUGUUUGAGUGGCUGCCUUUACUGAAGGAUUUAUCGAAAUACCCACGAGUCUUGCCUUACUUGCUUACAUCAUCCCCACUGAGCUCAUGGCGAACUACCUGCCCCUUGAAGCUGGAAUGGUGCAGUCAGCCUGUGGCAUCUCUGGGCUUGCCGCGUGGUGUUACUGUAGCCUAUGGUUGAUCAGGGAAGGAAGGACAGGGGCCCGAGGCACACCAAUACUUGACGGCUCACCGCCACCAGUGGCUGUGUUGGGGUAAGGCAGACAGAAAAUGGCCUCUUCGUUAGAUUUUCAAUUGAAACUUGCCCUUUGC